AUGGGCAUGGAUGACGUGGCUGGCCCUGACGACGAGCUCUUAGAUGCCGAGGCUCCAGCCGAAGGUCAGAGUAGGGUCCAAACCCGAGAUCCCAGUCCUCACGAUCUUCACGACAUGGAUGGCCGACAACCACUGACCCUCGCAAUACCUCCGCAACAGGCUCGAGAAAUCGACAACAACGUCGAUAUUGCACAACAGACGCCAAUCACCGCAGGUAUGGGUAACCCCUUGGGCGCUGGUGGUCUCGAGGCCAUGGGUGUAUCCCCCAUUCCUCCGGCGCCUACCACUGCUGCUUCUCCUGCAAUCCCGCUCAAUGCAUACCCAAAUUUCUUCCUGAGAAACGCGACUGCCACAGCCACGACCGCCUUGAUGCCCCGUGAUGAGGAUGUUCUAAUGGGCUUGCAAUUACUUGCUUAUAUCUCCAAAUAUUGCUAUCUGCGACAUUAUUUCCAAGCUACGCAUUUAGUUCCCCGACUUAGGAUCGAUCGAGAGGUUGAGAAGAUCUAUGGACCGAUGCGAGGCUGUGCACCUCUUCCAGAACCCACCGAAGACGAAGACGAAGAGUUUUUGCAACCUGACGAUUACAACAUUUUUCCUCUGGUGGAGAAGUUUACCGUCCGUCACCACUCAAAAGAUAUGCAAUAUUGGGCAUGCGUUGUCAUGCGCAAUUUGUGCCGAAAGGACGACGCCCGAGGAGGAAUUCGCCAAUGUGCCAACUACAAGUGUGGGAAAUGGGAGGAAUACACACGCCAAUUUGCUAAAUGCAGGCGCUGCCGUCGCACGAAAUACUGCAGUAAAGAAUGCCAGCGGGAAUCGUGGAGCAUGCACAGGCACUGGUGCCACCUCGAAAACGCAUAUCUCAAUCGCAGGACCAAUGCAUAA